AGCAUUUCAGAUUAAGUAUUCUGGCUCAGUCUGUGAUCUAGCCCUCACCUUGGGCCAUGAAAUCACAGAUACACCCAGCCUAUAAUAUACAGCUGGGUGGCUGGGCUACACGGUGAGGAGGGUGAGGAGCUCAGACAUCUGGGAAGAACUCGGAGUAGAACUGCUGCUUGUUUACUCGGUUGAGGCGAUUUGGGCAUCUCAUUUGGGUUCCUUGACAUGACGUGUUUCCAGGUGCUGGUAUACAGCCCCAGUAAUGUUCCUAUCUCUGGCCCCUCUGGCUUCUUCCAAACCCUUCCUGCUGAUCUGGACUGUCAGCAACUGGGCCUGGACAGAUUGCACUGCUCCUCCUUUAAAGACCUUAUGCACGGCGGUGGAACUGUUUACGCUGUGGACCAAGAAAACUGGGACGAUCCAGAGCAAGAAUCAGUGCAACAGAGUCUCCUAGUUUUCCUCUUCUUACAGCACAGUGACCCCUUCAUCUCCCAUCUCAUUGAUAUUAUGGCUACAGAGGUGUUGAUAGAGCACCACCUGGAGGAUAUUCUGAACAACAACAGGCAGGCAGUCACAACAGCCCUGCAGACAGAGCUGAGGAACACACUGACAGCACAGAAUCACCGAAAAAAGCACCAAGACAAGCUGCAUUCAGCUGCUGAGGUGAUUAUCAGUUCAUCUCUCAGUAUCGUGAGCAGUAGCAGUAAUAUGGAAUUCAGAAACACCUGUCUGAACCGGAUGAAGGUGCAUGACACUCGUGAAUUGUCAGCCUCCCUCCGGGAAUCACUGUGGAGAGUGACAUCAUGGAAAUUCAUUCCCAGGGGCAGCUGCUAUUCCACUCAGAUAGAUGAACUUCCUGAGGGUGAUGAACUCUGCAGAACAGAAAUCUGAAAAUGUCAGGAAAGAGUUUGGUUCUGGUUGCAGAGGCAAGUCAAACUGUAAUUAGUACACUUUACAGUGUGUAUGUUAUUCAUUUUGCAGAUGUGCUUUUCACUCUUCAACCCUUAAUUAUAAAAGAGCAAAGUUGUUAUUAUAGUUUGUGUUUAACAAGAUCUGACUGAACACCACUCAAUAAUUCAAACUCUCGAAAAGAUAUCUUAAUCGAACUGAAUGUUUUUCUCUUUUUUAUUCAGUAUAAUGAUAGAUAAACAUCUGUAGUGUUUCUGUCCAGUGUGCAUAUCCUUAUUGAAACUGAGGGGUACAUCAUUUUGUGCUAAGAUACACAACAUUGUUUGGAGGUGUGAAACAAUUUAAGCUGGACGAACCAGACUGAAUGAGCAUAGCAAAUCUUUGUUUGUCUGGAAGAAGUUUUGUUGUAGUUGAAGAGGCUGUUCAAGCUAAAAUCUGUGGUUUUCCAAUUUCCAGUGUGCUAAUUAGGCAUACAACUUUUUCUUUGAAUGCACUGGCUGCUUAACUUUAUUCAAAAACUACACUUCUUAUAUUGUAGUUAAAUGUGAAGUAAUUUAACAAUGACUCAAAAUGAUCAAACUGAAUUUUUUUUGUUUGUUUUUUGUCUUUCUUUCUAUAAUGUUCCCCUAAAUAAAAUAAAAUAAAGUUACAAGUUGAUAAAAUACUUGUGUGUAGCAUUAUAGUGUGUACAUCCAUAUUUAGGUUAUCGACCUCAUUCUGGCAUCUCAAAAACAUUUCCUGUCCCUCCUCACCAGACCAUCAGAUAUUUGCAACACAUUUAAAAUGCUGCUACUACUGCACUGACUUCCUGUUAAAAAUAGAACUGAACUUAAUGCCCUAUUUGUUGUCUCUGAGUCUCUGAAUGGUCUGGGAGAUAUGUUUGCUGAGCACAAGCAUGGUAGGUCCCUUAAUGCUGCAUGAACUGCUCAGCUAGAGCAGUUUUGUGCGCAGAAGCUGGAUCAGUUACACAAAACAUUUACUAUGCACUGUACUGUGUACAACUGUGUAUGUAACAAAUAAAUUCAAUUUGAUUUGAUUGGAGAUGCACAGAGCUCAAACCAGACAAAAUGAAAGGCUGAAUGAGCUGACAAUUGUUCUUUUUUUGCCCACUUUUAAUUAAUAAAUGUUAUUUUAAAGUCUGGUCUAAACUAUCUGUAGUUUUACAAAACUGGCUUAACCUUUAAGUACUUAAUUUUAAUACAUUUCCUUAUUUUAUUGUAUAUUUUAUCUCUUUGAUCUGCUGUCCUUUUAUGUUGUUUUAGUCAGUUUUAAUAAUUCUGUGUCUAUGCUUUCUUCAACUUGAUGGACAUCUUUUUGUUCACUUUGUUUUUUACGUUUUCCUGUAAAGCACUUUGAAUACCCCCUGUCUAUGAUAAGGUGCUAUAUAA